UCUAAGUAUAUCUCUCAAAAUCAGAAAACAAAGUUUGCUUCAUUCAUACUUCAAAAAUUUCUCCUCACAUUCUCCACUCUCUGCUUGUAUAUGUAAAACGAGAUUACGACGGAGACGUAGAGAGAGAGACGGCGACGGAGGAGGAGGAGGCUCGUUCGACAAUGCGAGAAUGGCUCAGUAUAGGCAAUCGGGAACGGAGAGGUUUUUGGGAGGUCGAAGUGGUGGUUACAAUCCUUAUGUCAACGGCGGAGCUUCGUCGGAUCACGUAGCGAUCGGGAUCCGUAACGGCGUUGGUAAUUUCGGUGUAGUGACUCAGCACGGGAAAGCUAGUCGAUGGCGGCGAUCUGCUCGUUUGGAUAGGAAUCGUCGUUUCGGUGUUGGCUCUUUUGUGUUUGUUCUUUGUGUUGUGCUCGUUGUUUGUGUCUCGGCUUACUAUUAUUUCUCCGGUUAUACAAAUUUUGGCGGAGAUGAUAAAGGAAUUGAUAACUCUGAAGGUGAUUUUCUUACGAAUGUGUCAAGAACUGAUCCUUUGAAAAUACUUAAGUUUGGUCAUGGUUCAGUGUUACAUGGACGAGAUUCGAGAUAUUGGGAUAAGGAUGAUAGAAGACGGGAUGAAGAUUAUAAUGAGGAUGAUGCAGAGGUAGCUGCUGAGGAUAAACCUGUUGCUAAGGAGAAGUCUGAAGUGAAAAAGGAUUUAUCGCUGCGCAAUCCUUUGAAGGGUUCAGAUUGGAAAGGCGUUGGUUUUUAUAAUGAAGCUGGACGCGAUGAACUCAAGAAAUAUGAAGUAGAGUAUCAGGCGUCUCUAAUAAAAGGUGGUCAAUCAUUGAAACAAAAUGAUGGCCAUCAUCAGCCAUUUGAUUCAGACCCUAAUGGAGAUGAUUCAAUUGAUACUCAUGAUACUCGAGGAGAUGAGUAUGUUGAUAUGGGGAAUGAUGGGCAUGAAAAUGAAGAAUCACACAAAGAGAAUCAAAGGCACAAUGAGGAUGAUACUGAAGAAUCUCACAAAGAGAGUGCAUCCGUGUUACGUCAUUCCAUCACCAAGCAUCAGAAAACUGAAAAGGUUAAUGGAGCUGCAUUAAAAAGGUCACGUGGGAAGUCUUCUCUUGUUGGUUCCGGUGGUAAGUCCGGGAAAAUAUCACAAUCUGAUACAAAAAGGCGAGCUCGAAGUCACAGAUUUUCAGGCGUAUCUUGUGAGAUGAAGCUGUUGAAUUCCAGUCAACAGAUACAAGAACCUUUGAACACUCAAAAUUUUGCUGCACCGUCCUUACAAUACAUACAGAUAGAGGAUAAACCCGAGGAAGAAGAACAGUGGGAGCCUAAAUUUGCAGGUCACCAGAGUUUACAGGAACGAGAAGAUUCUUUCUUGGUUCAAGAACAGAAAAUCCAUUGUGGCUUUGUCAAAGCCCCCGAAGGAUUGCCAAGCACUGGAUUUGACCUGACCGAAGAUGAUGCUAACUAUAUCAGUAGAUGUCACAUUGCUGUGAUCUCUUGUAUCUUUGGCAAUUCUGAUCGCUUGAGGCAUCCUGCUAAUAAAAUGGUAAGUAGUUUGUCAAGAAAAGAUGUUUGCUUCGUUGUGUUUGUGGACGAGAUUACCAUGCAAACACUUUCUGCCGAAGGCCAAGUACCCGACGAAUCUGGAUUCAUUGGUCUGUGGAAGUUGGUGGUGGUAAGGAAUCUUCCUUACGCAGAUAUGCGGAGGGUAGGCAAAAUACCAAAACUGUUACCACACAGACUUUUCCCUUCAGCAAGGUACUCAAUCUGGUUAGACAGCAAGUUACGUCUCCAGUUGGACCCCUUAGUCAUUUUGGAAUACUUUCUGUGGCGUGAAGGGCAUGAGUAUGCUAUUUCCAAUCAUUAUGACCGCCAUUGUUUAUGGGAAGAGGUUGCACAAAACAAGAAGCUAAACAAGUACAAUCACACUGUCAUUGAUCAGCAGUUUGAGUUUUACCAGAGUGACGGGCUGACGAGAUUUAAUGCUUCAGAUCCCAACAAGCUUCUUCCCAGCAAUGUUCCAGAAGGGUCUUUCAUUGUACGGGAACAUACCCCCAUGUCAAACCUAUUCUCCUGUCUUUGGUUCAACGAAGUUGAGCGCUUCACUCCCCGAGAUCAGCUGAGCUUUGCAUACACCUACCAGAAAUUAACAAGGAUGAACCCUGACACUCCAUUUAAUCUUCACAUGUUCAAGGAUUGCGAGAGGAGAAAAAUCACCAAAUUGUUCCGUCACAGAUCAGAGGAGAAGCGAAACCUUAUACAACAAGCAGCAACACAAUAACACAGACCAUUUUUUGUUUGAAUGCUGUAUAUUAUCGCGGCUGUACUGACUGUGAGUAAGAGUAAAACACCCACAGUUAAAUUUCUCUGAGACUAACAUUGUUGUGAGAAGAUCAACAGGUGAGAACCCGGUUUAGAGGUAUACGUAUGUGAUGUGAUUUUAAGAGAGAAAGAGGAAGGAGAGGUGUUUGAAAGAAAAGAAAAGGCCGAUUCAAUUCAUUUACAGUCCUCUCAAUGUUUUAUUCAAUUCAUUGCUUCCGUAGGCUUUGUAGUCUGUAUCAGUGUAUGAUUGCAACAAGAACCCGUAAAGUUCUGAUUGAUUUGUCGCGAAAGUAAUUUCAGGUUUGGGUUCCCCUUGUUGCCUGAUCA